AUGGCGUCCAAAUGGCGUGAUAUGGCACUGCGACAGGCCAGCCGCCUCGAGCUCUCGCGGGCGCCAGAGAUCUGGCCCCACGGGGGUGCCGAGGGCGGCGAGUUGCUUCCACACCGCCUCUGGCCCGAGGCGCGGAGCGGUUCCGCGGACGACACGACGCCCGGCCGUGCGGCCCAGCUGCCAGGCGCCGCGGCCCUCCGCUUCAGGGCGCGCUGGGGCGCGGGGCGCUGGGACGGCCCCGCGAGGGCGGUAGGUCGGGGCCCGUUGGACGUGGCCAGGCAGGGCGGCCCUGGGAUCCGCGGGGAGGUCGCGGAGAGACGGGAUGGCGCGGAUGCGAAGCGGAGCCGGGCGCUCUGGGAGCUGUUCUUGGCGAGCGCGUUCGUGCUCGUGGACGUGAGCCUCUUCAUGUUCGAGGACGCCAGCAAGGCCAGCGGCGGGGCCUUCGCGCGGGAGGCGCUGCUGACCGUCGUCGCGGCGGCGUCGCUGCUCGUCGGCGUGGCGGUGUCCUGGUGGAAGGACGGGUGGGCAGGAGUACCGAAAAUGGUGUUUCGGUUGAGCCAUGGCAAGGUCCUGCUGCAACUGCGGCUGCCCGCCACCGUGCUGCUGAGCAUGGCGGUCCUGGGGCGCCGGUACAGAUUCUACCAGGUGCAGGGGCUCACCAACGUGUUCCUGGGAGUCGUGGCCUUCACCCUGCUACGCGCUCCGCCUGGCCUGGCUCCCGCGGCGCCCCGAGCUGCGGGCGAGUGGCUCGGCCUCGGGCUGGUGGCCUGCCAGAUCGGCUGCAGCGUGCUCGCCUCCGUGCUGGCAGAGAGGAGCCUCGGGAGCACCGAGGGCGUGCCCUUCUACACGGCGAUCGCGCAGCUGAAGGCCGGGGAGCUCGCGGUCGCCCUCGCCAGCAUGUGCCUCCUGCCCGGGCGGGCGUUCGAGCCCGGCGCGCUGCUGCGGCGCCCCUCCGCGAUGCUCGAGGGCUUCGGGCGCGCGGUGCCCGCGGGGCGCCAGCUCUGCACGCCUGUGUGGCUGCUGGCGCUGUGCCUCCUCGCCGACGGCUGGAUGUCGGCCCUGGUGGUGAGGUCGCUCAGCAGUGUGGCCAAGCUCAUCGCCAAGUGCCUGUCGCUCAGCCGGAGGGCACCCAAGGCGGCGCAGGCCACGGCACUCUCGGGAGCGCAGUACUGGCCCCGAGGCUUUCUGCGCAGCCCUGGUGAUCGCCCUCCGCCCAUCGUGCUCUACCUCGUCGCCCUGGCGUGCCGCUCGGAGCCCUUCGCGCUGCCCCGCUUCCUCCUGGCCCUGCUGGUCGUGAGCGGCACCGUGCAGUUCGCCUACGCCUCGCGGCGGCGCGGCGGCGCCCGCGCGGAGGCGGAGCCGCUCACGGCGGCAGAGCGCGCACAGAUCGAGGCCGCGUUCCGCCGCUUCGACUCCGACGGCGACGGCGACCUCGAGCUGGCGGAGUUCGACGCGAUGCUCUGCCACCUCGGCGCGAAGCUCGCGGGGCCGCAGCUCCAGCAGGCCUUCGAGGAGCUGGACCUGAACGGGGACGGCCGGGUCUGCGUCGGGGAGUUCGCCGCCUUCUGGGAGUCGCAGCCCCGCCUCCGCGGCUACUCGGCGCCAGGUCUCACGUUCCUGCGCCUCCGCCGCGGCGCCCUGGAUGCGCGCUGA